UGUUUCUCCGGUCACACUAAGCCAAACAAACUAAAAAAAGAAGCGCGUCGCGACGUUAACCGCGGAUCGUGGGCGAUAACAACAAUAACACAAGCCGUUCUUGGUGUUAUUUUUGUUCUUGUUCUCGUUUCGUUUAACAAUAACAAUAGCAGAAAAUCAAAUGUGCAAGAGUCACACACAAAUACAAACGUACGCAUACCAAAAAGUGGAGACUGCUAGCAUAAAACAACAAUAAGAACAGCGAAAGGAAGAAGAAGGAGAGCAAGCCAGGAGGAGAGAAAGAACCGUUUGAUUGAUUAUCGCCGUGCUUCCUGCUCCUAUUACUGUUAUUCUCUUUUACAUUCCCAACGGGACGAAGGAGGACAGGGCACCUCCAGCUCGAAUUCCUCCAACUCGUCGCACAAGCAGCAACAGCAACAGCAGCAGCAAAAGUCCAGAAUGACUGCGGCUCGCCAGCAGCAGGAGCAUGAGCAGGAGGAGAAGGAGAAGGAGAAGGUGCUCAAAGAGCAGAAGGAGGAGAUGAUGAUGGGCGACCAGCCGGCGCUUGGCGAGGAACAACUGCCGCCGGGCAUGCCUUUCGGUAUGGGUUUGCACUUGCCGCACAAGAAGAAGAUCCUGCCGCAGGAUGUGCGCCCAGCACGCUCUCAGCCGCCGGCAACAAGUAGCAAGCAUGGCACCUUUGAUGGCAUUCAGAACCCUCCAACGCUAACAACGUCCACCUUGCCGCCCACAACGAUGCGUAGCAUCGAGGAGACCAACGAUCCGGUGACUGUUCCCUAUCAGGCGAGCUUCAAGCCACCAGCACCUGCUCCGCCGGUGAACAAUGGAAGCAGUAAUGCAAGCGAGCAACUGCAGCUGGAGACACGCAUCAUGGAGCUUCUGCCAUAUCAAAAUGAGGUGGCCAAGCUGAAGGGCGAUCUAGUUAAGUUGCAGAGUCAACAGGAGAAGACCCAGAUGGAGAUCGGCAACCUGAGAUACGAGAACGAAUCUCUGCGCAAUCGGCUGCGGGACGUUGUGAACUCGCCGCUGUCGGAUGCGGAGAAGCACCAGAUUAUACAAGACUCGCAGCGUUUGCACAGUUCGGCGCCCGCCUCGAUUGCCCUGCCCAAUACAAACGAUGCGCAGGAUGGCACACCCUGCCUUACACCCGACUGGGAUAAACAGUCGUCGUCCAGUGAGAUCUCUGUAGCCUGUCUGCAGGACAAGAUCAUACAAAUGGAGGAGACACACUACUCCACCAACGAAGAACUACAGGCCACCCUGCAGGAGCUGGCCGAUCUGCAAACCCAGCUCACGGACACACAGACGGAGAACGAGCGUCUGGCCGAGGAGAAGGAUGUGCUCUUCCAGUCGCUUUGCCGGCAAACCGAGAAGCUAAACGAAUCACGCACGCAGAUCAGCACACUGCAGGAGCUCCUGUUGCGCGACACGAAGCAGGCCGCCUCGGAGGUGAGCGCCACAGAGCGCGAGCAGAAGCUCUUGGACCUGAUCAAGACGUCGCAGGAGGAGAGAGAAGCGGUGCUGCUCAAGCAGGAGGAACUUAGCGCUGAGCUGGCCGAGCUACGUCAGGCGCGAGAGGUCGCCCAGCAGGAGCAGCAGCGUCAGAGGGAUCGAAUAGCCUUGCUCGACUCUCAGUUGGACGCGGCGAAUGCGGAGCGCCGCCAGGGUGAAGCUCAGUUCUCGCAGGCCAAGGAGGAGAUCUCUCAGCGAGCCAUCGAGAUAAGUCGGCUGAGCACUCUGCUGGAGAAUGCGAGGUCCAAGAUCGAGGAGCUGGAAGCCGAUUUGGCCAGAGGCGAUAAGACGGACCUCAGCGAUGUGCUCGAUGCGGCCAGGAAGGAGAAGGACGCCCUGGAGGAGCGUGUGGCCGAGCUGCAGGAUCAAUGUUCGCGCAGCCAAGCUGAGCUGAGACGGCUGCGCGAACAGCUCUCCGGUUUGACCGAGGAGUGCAAGGUGGCCAAGAACAAUGCCAAGUGCGCCGUCUCCAAUCUCGAGUACCGCUUGGAGCAGCUGCAACGCGACAAAGACAAGCUGGCCGGCGAGUGGCAGGUCCUGGAGGAACGUGUCGCUGAACUGCAAGUGCAGUGCAAGUGCCACCAGGAGGACAAGAGCCAGCUGCAGUCAUUGCUCAGCGAGACCCAGCGCCAUCUGGGCGAUGUCCAGGUGCAGCUGAGCGAGUCGGAGCGACGGCUCGAGCAGGAGACACAGCUGCGCCGCAAGGAGGGCGAGGAGUGGCAGCAAUUCCAGGCCGAUCUCCUGAUGACGGUGCGCGUGGCCAAUGACUUCAAGACUGAGGCGCUCAGCGCCCGGGAGCAGCUCGUGCUCGACAACAAGACCCAGAAGGAGAAGAUCCGACUGCUCGAGCAGCAGCUCGAUAAGCUCACCAAGCAGCCAGAACUGCAGCAGUCGGAGACGCCGCAGUCGGUGCUGUCGACGGUGCAGCGUGAAAUGGAGUUGGCCACACGGCGCAGCAAGCUAAGCUUCAGCCGUCAGGACUCCCGACUCUCUGUUAAGACGCUGAUCGAGAGCAUCGAGAACAACAAGCCGCAGGGCAAGGCUGACGAGGCAGAGUCCCACUACAGUUCCACGUCCAGCCUAAAUAGCGGCACUCCAGAGCUGGGAAACACGCCCAUUAUCCUGCCACCAUCCAGUGAUUGGCACGAAAGCCUUCGCUUGCCUGUACUGCAGAGCAGUAACCUGCAUGUGAACGUGGGCAGCGGAGGGACUGGUGUAAAUAUUCCAGCUGGAAGCGGAGUAGGAGGAGGAUCAGCUAGCACUACCAAAGCCACAUUGGCGCUGCGCGAUCAGCAGCAGCAGCAGCAACAACAACAGACGCCACCACAGCAGCAGCUGCAGCAGCAAACGGCGACGAGCCAGAGUCAAAAUCAGAAUCCAAUGCAGAUCCAGAUCCAAAAUGUAUCCCAGCCUUCAACGCCGGUCACGCCCAGCAGUGCGGGUAGCAACAGCAGCAGUGGACUAGGGCCCUUUGGCAAUGUCUCAAAGUCUUUUAUAAGUGGUGAACGUAAGGACCCGCUCAAUAUGCUCAUAACGAACGGCGGCUCCAAGCGCAACGCUUUGCUGAAAUGGUGCCAGAACAAGACAGUUGGCUAUCGCAACAUUGACAUCACGAACUUUAGCUCCUCGUGGAACGAUGGGCUGGCCUUUUGCGCAAUCCUGCACUCAUAUCUUCCCGAUCGCAUUCCCUACGAUCAACUCAGUCCGGCGAAUAAGCGUCGCAAUUUUUCGCUGGCCUUUGCUGCAGCCGAGUCUGUGGGAAUAGGCACCACUCUGAACAUCAACGAUAUGUGCCAGAUCGAACGUCCCGACUGGAUGCAGGUCAUGUCGUAUGUGACGGCGAUCUACAAGUACUUUGAGACCUAGCGAAUGAAAGAAUAAUGUAGUGGAGAAAUAGAAGGAGAAAGUGAAAGAGCAGAAGGCGUAGUUGUAGUUGUUGUAAGUUCUCUUUUUCAUUUUUCAUUCUUAUAAUUUUUCUUUUGUUUUUUCAACUAAGUCUUUUUAUUAUUUCCCUCCUCUUAUAUAUACAUAUUUAUCUUAUCUAUUUCUUAUUACUUUUAUUAUUAUUUUUUUGUAUAUUCUCCUUUACAUUUUUUUGUUCUUUUAAACCUGCCUUUCUUUCUGUGUUUUUGCCGAUGUGCAGUGGUCACCUUUAUAUAGAUUUUUUGUUUGUAUCAUUAUUUUUCGUGGUUUCUUUGAUUUUAACCUUUAGGUUAGGUUUAUCUAUUAUUUGAACUGAGAAGCUUUGAAGGUUGUUUACUCCUAUCAGGCUUCCACUAAACCUCCUUUUCCACUGUAUGUCGGUAGAAUAGGUUUUGUUUAUUGCUUGUGGAGCUACAGAGUUUAUUUUUACACGCAGAGAAAUGAUUAUUAGGCGACGAUGAAGCAUACACUAUAGAGAUAAAGAUCAAGUUAACGAUAGAGAGGAGAUGAAGAGCAGGUCUCCGGCCUAGCUUUAGCUUUAGUAUAUAUAAUUAUUUAUUCCAACUAUAUCAGAUAACUUAACUUAAACAGCAAACAAACUGUAUUUUUUUCUGUCAACGAUUCAUUCUACGAUCUAACCAUAAAGAACAAAAUAUGCUUAAAAACAAAAGGCAAUUGAAACAAUUA